AUGGCAUCAAAUUUUUACGAUAUCCCGGGUUCACAUAAGCCUUCCUCCUCAGAGCCACAUAAUGAAUCUACAUCUCUACUACCGAAGAGAAAAUCAAGCCUAACGUAUUUUAGUUACAAGGCGACACCACAGUGCAGAAAAAUUUCCUCCAGACACGAUCCUGCCAAUCCAAACAGGGACAAACUGGGCACAUAUGGUGGGGUUUUUGUUCCUACAGCGUUAAACGUUCUGUCGAUUUUGAUGUUUUUGAGAUUCGGAUUUAUUCUUGGUCAACUCGGUAUAAUUUGCACUUUAGGCCUUUUGCUACUUAGUUACCUGAUCAACCUAUUGACAACUUUGAGCAUAUCGGCCAUUUCAACGAAUGGUACCGUGAGAGGUGGUGGGGCAUAUUACAUGAUAUCCAGAAGCCUGGGUCCAGAAUUUGGUGGUUCCAUAGGACUUGUUUUCUUCUUUGGUCAGGUUUUUAAUAGUGGUAUGAAUGCGAUCGGUCUCGUCGAACCACUGUUGUAUAAUUUAGGCAUAUCCAAUGACGAAAGCCGAUCUGCUGCACUAUUUCAACUACUACCGAAGGGUCAUUGGCACGAAUUCAUAUACGCGACAGUGAUUCUGCUCCUCUGUUUGAGCAUAGCUCUUGUCGGUUCACAAACGGUUUCAAGAGCAGGUAAUAUACUUUUUCUUGUUUUGGUUUUAUCAAUCGCAUCGAUUCCUUUAUCCGCAUUGAUUAAAAUGCCGUUUUCUGUGGAUGAUAAUCUUGUUUAUAGUGGUAUUUCAUGGAAGACUUUCACUGAGAAUCUUUAUCCACAUUUGACAAAAGGAGCAGCAGGUUCUGUUUUGAAAAGUAAAGAAACAUUUAAUGAUUUAUUUGGUAUUUUCUUUCCAGCAACAGCUGGUAUUUUUGCUGGAGCAGGUAUGUCAAGUGAACUCCGUAAACCUUCAAGAUCUAUACCAAAGGGUACAUUAUGGGGGCUUUUAUUUACGUUCCUUUGCUAUACUAUUGUUGUCAUUUCAAUGAGUUUUACAAUCCCUAGACAGUCUCUGUACGGUGAUGUUCAAGUUAUCCAAUCAGUGAGUGCAGUUCAAUGGAUUAUAUUUAUGGGUGAAAUGUCAACCGCGUUAUUCUCCAUAAUAGUUGGUAUGGUCGGUGCUGCAUACGUUUUAGAAGCUAUAUCAAGAGAUAGUAUUAUUCCAGGAAUAACCAUAUUUCAUAAAAAACCACUUUUUUCUCUUCUAUUCACAUGGUUUUUAACUCAGUUAUGUUUGUUCUCAGACGUCAAUAAAAUUGCAACAUUCAUUACCAUGACAUUUUUGAUGACAUUUGCCGUGAUGAAUUUAGCCUGUUUUCUAUUAGAAUUGUCAUCAGCACCAAAUUUCAGACCAUCAUUCAAGUAUUUCGAUAGGUACACAGCUAUUUCUGGUGCGAUAAUGUCAACAAUUGCAAUGUUCGUGGUUGAUGGUAUAUCCGCCUCCGGUAUAAUUCUGGCUAUGGUUGUAUUAUUUUUAAUGAUUCAUUAUUUUUGUCCUCCAAAAUCAUGGGGAGAUGUUUCCCAAAGUUUGAUAUACCACCAAGUGAGAAAAUACCUGUUGAGACUCCGUCAAGACAAUAUUAAGUAUUGGAGACCACAGAUUCUCUUAUUAGUUGACAAUCCCCGAACGAGCUGGAAGUUAAUACGCUUUUGCAAUCAUUUGAAGAAAGGUGGAUUAUACAUUUUGGGGCAUGUGACGGUGAUUACCAACUUUCAAGAUCAAUUACCGGAGCUGAAGAAGCAGCAAAGAGCAUGGCUGAAAAUCAGAGAGCUAACAAAAAUCAAAGCCUUUGUCCAAAUAGGUACGGGUCCCACACUAUCUUGGGGAAUACGAAACGUGUUUUUGGGAUCCGGUCUAGGCGGAAUGAAGCCAAAUAUCACUGUAGUCGGAAUGUUUGAUUUACAACACCAUCGCGAGUUUUCGUCGCCUAACAUGAAUGAUAACGAUAGCAGCCCACCAAACCUUUCCAAUUCUACUCCGACAGAAUUUGAUGGCUUUAAAGAACCUCUUCCAACUGAUGAGUGCAAAAAUGAAAAUAAGGUAAAAGUGCAACAGUGGGUUCAGAUUGUUGAAGACCUAUCUUCAAUGCAGUCUAAUAUAGCUGUUGCUCAUGGGUUUAGAAAUCUCAACCUACCAAAGGACACAGAGAAGUUUGAAUGCAAAAGAUACAUUGAUCUUUAUCCAAUACAAAUGUGUGCGCAAAUGAAAUUUCAAAACGAUUCUCCCUCCGUUACAACAACGAACUUUGACACGUAUACUUUAAUUUUACAGUUGGGGGCAAUUUUAGUAACUGUACCACAAUGGAAACACACGCAUACUUUACGGACUAUCCUUUUUGUUGAAAAAGAAUUAGAUAGAUCAGAUGAGAUCAAAAGAAUGGAAAAUUUGCUGGGGGUUUUGAGAAUUGAGGCUGAAGUACUUGUUGUUUCAUUAGAUCAGUUUAGAGUUUACAAUACAAUUGUAAAAGGUGACCCGAUUACUUUUAAAUAUGUUAAUGAGAAACUGAAGGAUGAUUCUUGGUGGAAAGAUUUGGUAGAAGCGAGAGAUACACUCAAGCCAAAGCGCAGAUUUUCAAUGGCUGCACCAGUAGCUGUGAAAUCAAAAGAUUUACAUUCACAUAAGCACAAGCUUUCAAAGCUGCACUCGCUAGGAAUCAGCUUGACAAUGAGUUCAAGUAUGCCACAAACUGUGCCAAUAACAGAUUUAGAUUCAGACGAUGAUACAGAUGUUGGCUCUGUAUUCGAUUCUUCCGCUUCCAUUCCUUCUUUAACACAAAGGCUCAAUUAUGAGACAAAUAGAAGAAAGAAUCAUGCUGUAAAAGCUGCAACGCCAUUACAUAAAAAGAUUGACGAUAGUACUGCUCAAUCUUUGAGACCAGUUUUUUCAAGCAAUAAGUUGCCAGUCACCAAAGUUCUUGAGGAUGGUAGUGGUGAUAAACCUACUUUAGUUCCAAUUGUCGAGCCCGCUCCACAAGAUGACCGUAUCAGCGAACAACAAAGCAGGAAUCAAAUUCUUCCCGAAUUGUCACCAUGCUGUUCAAAAGAUAGCCUAGUUCUUGCAAUGAACAACUUGGCAUUUAAUGAUUUGCCAAGCAGGGCACAGCACUUGGUUUUGAACGACAUUAUGACGCAGCUUUCAAGCAUGUCUGAUUUAAUCUUCUCAACCUUACCUAUUCCUGCUCUAGGAACUCAUGACGACGCUGAUGCAAGUUUGCUGUACAUCGAGGAUUUAGACACUUGGCUCGAAGGAUUACCUCCCACUAUGCUAAUCAACUCUCAGACGAUGACAGUAACUACAGCCUUAUAG